UUCACAUGUCAACCAACUCGGCAGGCGCAUACAAUAGAUAUAGAUGGGUCUCGCUCCAUUGUCACUAACUUGGACUCACUCUUGAACUCCCCCAUCGUUCUGCUUCGACUCCAAAACAAGAUGCCUCCAAAUUCCGCGACCAAUUCAGCAGACCCCUCCCCCUCCAAAGAACCUGAGACACUCCUCCAAAAAACAGAACACACCCUCUCCAAAACCCUCACCUGGACCCAACUUGAACCCUGGCAACAAGACAACCACUACAUAACCUCCCACUACCGCCCGGCCUCAAACUCCUACUCAAAAUCCUUCCACAGCAUCAUCUCCCUCCACAACGAAACAAUAAACAUCUGGACCCACCUCCUCGGCUCCCUCUUCGCAAUCCUCUCCAGCACCUUCCUCUACCACUCUCUCAAACCACGAUUCCAACAAGCCACUCAACAAGAUGUCCUCGUCUUCGCCUGUUUCUUCCUCGGAGCGACAGUCUGCUUAGGCAUGAGUGCCACCUUCCACACCAUUUCCAACCAUUCAGCUCCUGUACAGAAAUUCGGGAAUCGCUUGGAUUAUAUGGGGAUAAUUUUUUUGAUUUGGGGGAGUUUUAUUCCGAGUAUUUAUUAUGGGUUUGCGAGGGAGGAGGCGUUGAGGAGGGUUUAUUGGUCGAUGAUUACGACGAUAGGAGCAGGAACUUUCAUUGUGAUUAUGCAUCCCAAAUUCCGAAGUUCGGAGUGGAGGCCGUUUCGAGCGACCAUGUUUAUCAUGAUGGGUCUUUCUGCUAUUGUGCCCGUUUUGCAUGGCUUGAAGCUUUAUGGCCUGGAGCAGAUGCAGAGGCAGAUUGGUUUGAGCUGGCUCGUCCUGCAAGGCGCAUUGUACAUCACUGGUGCUGUGAUAUAUGCUGGGCGAGUGCCCGAACGAUGGAAGCCAGGCCAAUUCGAUUUGUUUGGUAGCUCGCAUCAAAUCUUCCACGUACUGGUGUUGCUAGCGGCAGCAGCACACUUGACAGGACUGCUGAAAGCUUUCGAUUACGAACACAGAUUUCGAUUGGAUGCUCUUCUUGGAGCAAAAAUUUGA